AUGAAGCUGCUCGUACUGGCCGCCUUGUUCACAGUGGACUGUCUCAGCACCCUCAACGCACAAAGUAUUCCGCAGUUCGGCAAAAUGAUCUCGUGCCUGAUCCCUAGCAUGAACCCUCUGAAAUUUAACAAGUACGGCUGCUACUGUGGCGUGGGCGGAUACGGCACCCCCGUGGACGAACUGGACAGGUGCUGCCAGACACAUGACGACUGCUACGGCCAAGCAGUAAAGCUGGGACACUGCAGCUCUGUCCUGGAACACCCCUACUUCAAGUGGUACUCCUACUCGUGCACCAAGUCCGAGGUCACCUGCAGCAGCAAGAACAAUGCUUGCGAGAAUUUCCUCUGCCAUUGUGACCGUGCUGCUGCCAUGUGCUUUUCCAAGACCCCAUAUGACAAGAAAUACAAGAACCUGAACAGAAAUCAGUACUGUAAGAAAUGA